GUUAAGUGGUGGCAUGUAGCCAUUAGACUUGUGUUGUUAGAGAUUACAUAUUCUUCCUCAUGUUGUUACUGAGACCUAUGUUCUAACCCGUGUUUUUACUGCAGGUAAAGAAGAGUGGAAUCACGCUCAGCCAGGAGGAGCGGAAAAGACAAGAGGCCAUAUUUGAGUUGAUAUCGUCAGAACACUCCUACCUCCACAGUCUGGAGGUUCUGAUCCAGAUGUUUCAGAACUCAGCGGAGCUCAGUGACACCAUGACCAAGACCGAGCACCACCACCUCUUCUCCAACAUCACAGACGUGUGUGAGGCCAGCAAGAAGUUCUUUAAAGAGCUAGAGGACAUGCACCAGCAGAACGUUGUUAUAGAUGACAUCAGUGACAUCGUGUUCAGACACGCCCAGUCCAACUUUGACCCCUACAUCACCUACUGCUCCAAUGAGGUUUACCAGCAGAGGACCCUACAGAGGCUAGUUAGUAAGAGUCCAGUGUUUAAGGAGAUGUUGACUCGUAUUGAGGGCCACCCAGACUGCAGGAAUCUCCCAAUGAUCUCCUUCCUAAUCCUUCCCAUGCAGAGGGUCACCCGCCUGCCUCUGCUGAUGGACGUCAUUUGUCAGAAGGCUUCUAAAGGCUCAACUCAGUAUGAGGCCUGUAAGAAAGCCCUUCAAUCAGUCAGCAAGGUGGUGCGUAAGUGUAACGAAGGGGCCCGUACCAUGGAGAGAACAGAAAUGAUGUACACCAUCAACUCCCAACUGGACUUUAAGAUCAAGCCCUUCCCAUUGGUGUCGUCCUCUAGGUGGAUGGUGAAACGAGGGGAGCUCACAGCCUUCGUGGAGGAGAACGGCAUCUUCUCCAAGAGGACGUCACGUCAUCAGGUCUACUUCUUCCUCUUCAAUGACGUCCUCAUCCUCACCAGGAAGAAGAGUGAGGACAGCUAUGCAGUGAUAGACUAUGCUCUGAGGGACCAUAUCUGGGUGGGACCCUGCCAGGCCCAGGAUAUCAACCUAUCACCCGUCAGAACCACCGCUGGAAUGCUGACAUCACGGCAUCCCGGGGCCAGCCACCUCUUCCGCCUGCGUUUCCGUAGCAACCAUUCCGGAGACAAGGUGCCCAUGGUCCUGGGGGUGGAGCUAAUGAACGAGUGUGCUCGCUGGAUCACUGCUCUGGGUCAGAGCAGCAAUGACGAGAAGAACCAAGACCGGACCAAUGCCAUGCAGGUGGUGGUGACGAGGACGUACACAGCCAAGCAGCCUGAUGAGCUGUCACUGCAGGUGGCUGACGUGGUCCUGGUGUCACAGACUGUGGAGGAUGGCUGGUAUGAGGGCGAGCGACUCCGUGAUGGCGAGAGGGGUUGGUUCCUGUCAGAAUGUGCUGAACCAAUCACGUGCCAGGCCACUAUUGAGCGCAACAUGCAGAGGAUGGACCGUCUCCAAGGGCUGGAAACCAAUGUGUGAUCUGGAACGGCAGGCUCCACCCACUAAUUACACAAGUGACCUGCCUGUUCUCAGACAGACCAAUGAGUGAACCUUAUGCCGAAGACGGCCUUUGACGUUGAGCGGACCGUCACUGAAUACACCCAUUUGAAAGUCUUUGGUCAACAGAGCGACGUGUGAGCUCUUUCCACCAGCGACUGAAUACACCAAUGAGCUGCCUUCAAGCACUAUCAACCAAUGAGAGAGCUGACUUGACACUAAAUUCACCAAUAGAAUCUCUCCGUGGGUCAACAGACACAUGUAUGUGUGAGCCUUGCCUGCUGACUGUGUCUAUUAGAAUGGGGUUUUUGAUUGUUACCCAUGUAACGUUCUCCGCCUUCUACCGGUCUAUAUCGUAAGGACAUUUGACCUUUUGACCUGUCAACAACACUCUGAUUCCUCCCACUGAUGGGAGACUGGCCAACCACUGCCCGCGUAACUGUUUAUUUUGGGCCCCCGAAGGACAUCCCCCUUGGACACACACAUGACAUGCUGGGGUCAAAGUUUAAAACUGCCACAUACAGAGUGGACACCUAUAGCAGGACAGCGCAUUCAAACUGAUGGACACGGAUUCAUUUGAUUAACUAUUUCCUUCUGGAAAAACUCCCCAGAAGUUUCCGGGAAUGAAACGUACCCUCUCUACUACAUAGUAACUAACAAUUUAAAGGAACAAAACAACUAUGGUGAUGAUCUGUAUAUAUAUAUAUAUAUUUGUUUUAAUUGUCAUGCUUUUUAAAAUGCCUGGUUGUCCUGAUGUGAUGAUGAAUUGGCUGAGUGUAUGGAGCCAACAUGGCUCAGUGUCCAGUUCAGUUUCACCUCUGCUCUGUGGUCAGGCUAUAGUGUGUGACGAGACUGAUGGGGAAGAGGCUCAGAUACACAAAUGGAACAGUAUUUUCCAACUUAUCUGUGUGUGCAGCUGGGAGGCCAUUUGUAAUGUAACUGAAUGUGACAAAUGUUCCAAAAUGGCCAAAUAACCCGUUCCUGUGUGGUUAGUAGGAGGCUGUGUGACUGCUGAAGAGGCUGAAUGUACAGUAAGGAGCCAAAAUGGUGGACUGAACGGUCCAGUUUCCAGACUUCCCUCUGGUUAGAAGGUUACAGUAUAGCGAGGCUGAAUGUUAUGAUGGUCUACAAAGGCAAAAAAAACUCCCACCAUCAUGCCUGCUCCCGAUUCCCAAGCCCUGCUCCCGAUUCCCAAGCCCUGCUCCCGAUUCCCAAGCCCUGCUCCCGAUUCCCAAGCCCUGCUCCCGAUUCCCAAACCCUGCUCCCGAUUCCCAAGCCCUGCUCCCGAUUCCCAAGCCCUGCUCCCGAUUCACAAGCCCUGCUCCCGAUUCCCAAGCCCUGCUCCCGAUUCCCAAGCCCUGCUCCCGAUUCCCAAGCCCUGCUCCCGAUUCACAAGCCCUGCUCCCGAUUCACAAGCCCUGCUCCCGAUUCCCAAGCCCUGCUCCCGAUUCCCAAGCCCUGCUCCCGAUUCCCAAACCCUGCUCCCGAUUCCCAACCUGUAACCAUUUUAGAUGCCUAAAACUAUUAGACAGGUAUUAGCAAUAUGGGUGUACCUCCACCUUGGUCUCAGCUUUGUUCAACUGACCCAUAUAGUCCUACGCAGUCCUUUCAGAGGGACACAAUGCAUAGGGGCUGGAAGUUGAUCUGUAAUUGGGCACUUUGUCUCUAGCUUAAUGUCACUUUACAUAAAUAGAACCAUUUCCGUCCCACAGACCUCCGUCAGUCUGCCACUCGGUGUGAUUAUGCUCAGUGAUGCCCAGUGAUGUCAGAGAUGGACGUUUUAAAAAUACUCUCCUUAUGAUUUCGGUGACGUGCGGCAGGAGAGAAAAUGAAAUGGUGUGACGCUCUCUGUUCUAAAACUGGAAAAGCCAGCUGUGGUUGUAACUUGAUUGUCCAGCAGGAUCUCUUUAAGUGUGUAAUGUUGUGUGUAAUGUUGUCUCACAUCGCUGAAGGAAACAAGUAAUGUCCUGGUCAGCUUCCUGUUGAACUACCGUUCAUCAAACCAGACCACUACUCUCCAUGUGGUCUGACCCAGACAAAAAGCUUUGCACUCAGGGAAAACUGAUACCACAUGAAUUUAACCAAUGUUAAUCAUUCAUGUAAAUAUGUAACUAAUAGCAACCUCUGUUUAAACAUGUAUGUAAUCCACGGCUAUAGAUUUAUAUUGUAGAUGAUGAAGCCUUUGGAUAUUUAAUCCACUUUUUUUAGUUUCUUUUGUGUUUUUAUACCCCGUUUUCUCCGCAAUUUCGUGGUUUCCAAUUGGCUCAUCGCUGCACCUUCCGUAUGGACUCGGGAGAGGGGAAGGUCAAGAGCCGUGCGUCCUCCGAAACCUAACCAGGGUGCACUGCUUCUUGACACAAUGCCCACUUAAGCCAGCAGCACCAAUGUGUCAAAGGAAACACCGUACACCUGGUGACCGUGUCAGCGUGCACUGCGCCCGGCAAGCCACAGGAGUUGCUAGUGCGUGAUGGGUAAAGGACAUCCCCACUCGGGAGGCUCUUUUAAUCUAUACUUAACUAACGCACAAAAAGUCUAUUUUGCUCAAAUGUGUUUACAUCCCUGUUAGGGAGCAUUUCUCCUUUGUCAAGGUAAUAAUGCCAUUUUGUGGGGAAAAACUCAUUCUGAUUGGCUGAGCCCAGCUCCCCGUGAAAUCCAUAGAUUAGGGCCUAAUGAAUUUAUUUCAGUUGACUGAUUUCCUGAUAUGAACUGUAACUACGUCAAAUUGUUAAUUGUUGUAUUUACUCUUGUUCAGUAUAUAUUUCUUUUUAAUAAAAGUCCCUUGGCAUAUUU